GAAUGCACCACUCAGGAACAAAAGGUUUGUAGGGUGGCUUCCUCAGCAUAGCUAAUUUACUUUCUCCACACUCCUCAACACACCAAAUCUUGUUUUCCAUCAAACCACAACUUUUCCAAGCACCCCAAAAUCUUAUAAGCAGACACAAAAUCUAGGCAAUGGCCCCCCCAGAAGUUCCAGUAGAUGCGUUCCAGGCCACAAGCAAGGUCUCAACGCUAAGUUCUGCAGCCUAUUCUAAGAGGGCCUUUGUGACAUUUUUAGCCGGCAAUGGCGAUUAUGUCAAAGGGGUUGUGGGAUUGGCUAAGGGUCUGCGCAAAAUUAAGAGUGCUUACCCUCUUGUGGUUGCCAUAUUGCCUGACGUUCCUGAGGAGCACCGUGAGAUCUUAAGGUCUCAGGGUUGUAUUGUCCGUGAGAUCGAACCAAUUUAUCCUCCGGAGAACCAAAUCAAGUUUGCAAUGGCCUACUAUGUCAUCAACUACUCUAAGCUCCGUAUUUGGAAUUUUGAGGAGUACAGCAAAAUGAUAUAUUUGGAUGCGGAUAUCCAAGUGUAUGAGAACAUAGAUCAUCUGUUUGACACGCCUGAUGGCUACUUCUAUGCUGUGAUGGACUGCUUCUGUGAGAAAACAUGGAGCCACUCACCACAAUACAAAGUUGGGUAUUGCCAGCAGUGCCCUGAUAAGGUUUCAUGGCCUGCUGAGUUGGGCUCCCCUCCUCCUCUCUACUUCAACGCUGGGAUGUUCGUGUUCGAGCCUAGCCGGUUGACCUACGACAGCCUUCUCCAGACUCUCCAAAUCGUCCCACCCACCCCUUUUGCGGAGCAAGACUUCUUGAACAUGUUCUUCCAAAAGACAUACAAACCAAUCCCACUUGUAUACAAUCUAGUUCUAGCCAUGCUUUGGCGCCACCCCGAGAACGUGGAGCUUGAUAAAGUAAACGUGGUUCACUACUGUGCUGCUGGAUCAAAACCGUGGAGGUAUACUGGGAAGGAAGCUAACAUGGACAGAGAGGACAUCAAGAUGUUAGUGGCAAAAUGGUGGGAAGUUUACAAUGAUGAGACCCUGGACUUCAAGGCUGAAAACCCAGCUGCUGCAGAGGAAGAAGCUUUCGUGAGGUCAUCGAUCAUGGCUUCCAUGCCUGAGCCUGCCAUCUCCUACAUUCCUGCUCCCUCUGCUGCUUGAUAUAUAUAUAUGAGAGACUAAUUAAUUAUUGUUCAGAAGUUAAUGGUGUGAUCAUCAGUGAUCCUUUCUUUCUUCUUUGUCCUCUUUUUGGCUCAUACAUCUAUAAUAUAUACUCUUUAUUAAUUA